AUGAAUAGAGUCAAAUAUGAAAACUUUAAACGGCGUAAGACAUUAGUUCUCUCUAUCAAUAUAGGGUUUUCCCCUAGAUAGCCCUGCAAGGACUGUGGAUUCUGGGUGGAAUCUUUCAGUUGGCCCGACCAACUCAGUACUUAGUCGGACCAACUCACUUGUUGAUUCCACCAACAAGGAUUCCGCCCAGAAUCCACAGCCCUUAAAGGAGUAUCUAGGGGAAAACUCUAUAUCGGCCUUGCUGAAACUUGUAUCCGUGCAAAAUACAAUCAGCCAAUAAUAUACAAGAUUGCAGAAAAAAUGGUGAUUUUAGCUUCUAUAGCAAAUGAGAAUUAUACUGUGCUUAUUAAUAAGUUUAAAAAAUUAUGAUAAUAGUGCUGGUAUCUAUAGUAAUUUAAGAUAUUCUUGGCAAAAUUGAUGCUAAAAACAGCCAAGUAUAGUAUAUAAUAUUAAUAUGGCAAAAGCAAAAGCAGCACCUAAAGCAGCAGCAAGCAAAAAAGUAGCACCGAAAAAGGUUAUAACGAAGAAACAAGAAGGUAAAAAAGCACCAGCCAAGACUCAGGCAAAGAAGGCCGCUAAACCAAAAGCAGAGGAGAAACCAGUAGCCCAGGCACCUGAAGCCGCCCCAGCAGCUGCCCCUCAAGCAGAAGCAUCAAAAGCUAAAGCAGCCCCUAACUCAUCUUUAAAAUUAUAAAUUUAAAAAUAAUAAUUGAUUUUAACUCCCACCCCUUCUUAGCAAGCAAAUCCAUUAGAAAAAUCCCUAUUUUUUGGGUAAAAACACAACCUCCGUGAACGAACAAAAAUUAUUUAAUUAUAAAAAAAAUAUUUUCUAGUUAAUUCAUUUGAAUUUAAACAGCUUGCAUUUAAAAUAAAUUUUACUACUCAAUUUUCACGAAAAUGGAUAUUAAAAAUUUCCAAAAAAAAUUAAUCCCCUGCAUGAGCGAACACAAUUUUUCUUUUUCAGUCACGGAGAGGGAAUAAGAAAUUUUCAUAUGAUAAAAACCUAGUCUUCUAAGAAACAUAUAACUUUAGCAUACCAUAAGAAGUAAGAAAGCAGCAGCCAAAAAGCCAGCCCCAAAAAAAGUUGCCGCCCCUAAGAAAGCCGCACCAAAAAAAGCCGUUAAAUCUGCAGGAAAGAAAGCAGCUGGAAAGAAAGGAGGAAAGAAGUAA